AUGACCAUUCAUUCAGUAUCAGUGUCAGACAGAAACUUAUAUAAGUGUAAGUUUGAUGGAGGAGGAGAAUCAGAAGAGAGAGAAAUACAAGUGGAAGGUAGACGCAACAUUACACUGACAGCAGACAGUUACACCAUACAAGGACAGCAGAGUGUGACUCUGACCUGCUAUGUGGAGAACUCUGCUGGCUGGAAAUAUCAGUGGUUCAGACAAACCUCAACAGAUUCUGCAAGAACUCGUCUUCAGACAGCAGACGAUGGUGAAUCAGACAGAUUCAGUAUCUCACAGGGAGGCAUUUACACCUGCAGAGGAUGGAGAAGUGACCCAGAUGCCGUCACACCUGAAAGUAAUGCAGUCACCAUUGAGAACGCUGCAAAUAAACCCAAACCCAGACUGACAGCAGACAAAACCAUCACACCAGUAGGAGGCAGUGUGACACUGACCUGCUCUGUGGACGGUUUUGCUGACUGGAAAUACGACUGGUUCAGACAAACCUCUGAGUCUUCUGCACCUCAACUCAUAAGAAAUGUUAACCCAAACAGAGUCAUAAGUGUUUAUCAAGGAGGCAUCUACUACUGCAGAGGAGGAAGAGGAGACUCAGUCUUCUACACAGAGGACAGCAACAAAGUUACUAUUCAGGAAACUGUUUCCAACAAGGCUGUUGUGACUCUGCAACCCAACGGUCCUCUGAUAUACAGUGGUGAGACAAUCACUGUCAGAUGUGAGAUAGAGGGAGGUGAAGACACUGGAUGGGAAUAUGAAUGGAGCGAAAACAACAGGGUCUCAUCUCAGAAAGACAAAGAAUUCAGAAUCAGUGCUUCUUCAUCCAGUAAUGUAAACUUCAUGUGUAAGGGUAGAAGAGAUUUAUAUUUCUCAACAGAGUGGAGUGAAGCCGUCACACUGAGACGAUCAUUGAAUAAAGCCAAACCGACACUGAGAGCAGACAGCGACAUCAUACCAGUAGGAGGCAGUGUGACACUGACCUGCUCUGUGGAUUCCUCUGCUGAUUGGAAAUACUACUGGUUUAGACGUGACUCAGGUUUUUCUGCUCUUCAGUCCAUAACAAAUGUUAAACCAGUUAACAAGGUUUCAGAAGGAGGCAUCUAUCAGUGCAGAGCAGGAAGAGGAGACCCAGAGAUCUUCACAGAGGACAGCAGAGCAGUCACUGUUAGGAAAACUGUCCCAAAUAAGGCUGUUGUGACUGUGCAACCCAACUGGACUGAGAUAUACAGCGGAGAGACGAUCAUGCUGAGAUGUGAGAUCCAUGAUGGAGACACAGAGUGGGAGUAUGAAUGGAAGAGUCCUCGUUACACAUAUCCAAAUAACAAUGAAUACAUGAUUAGCAAAGCUUCCUCAUACCACAGUGGAAACUACAGAUGUAGAGGCAGAAAGAAAAAUGAACAUAUUUCAACAGAGUGGAGCGCUGACAUCAAAUUGACAGUAUCUUAUAAUCCACCAGCAGCUGUCCUCACUGUGUCUCCAUCAUGGCUGAGUCCUGGAGACUCAGUAACUCUGAGCUGUGAGGUUGAACAUCCAUCUGCAGGAUGGAGGUUUUACUGGUAUAAGACUGUUCCUAAACUAUCAGACUACUCUUCCAUCUAUGAGCUGCUACCUGGUAGCAUCAAUGGGACUGAACAGGAUUCCUACAUCAUUCAUGGACCGACACACACAGCAGGACAUAUGUGUAGAGCUGGAAGAGGAGACCCAGUGUAUUACAUUCAAGACAGCAAACCUGGGUUUGUUUGGUCUGGAGAUGUUCAUUCAGCAAUGACUCUCAAAGUGAGUCCUGACAGAGUGCAGCACUUCACCAAUGACUCUGUCUCACUGAGCUGUGAAGGAAACUUUACUAAGUGGAGAGUGAGGUGGUUUCCUGAGGACCGCUACUGGUCAGACUGUUAUUACAGGAGGUUCAUGACUGGAUCCACAUGCAACAUCAGCAGUUCACAGCAGAGUGAUGCAGUGUACUGGUGUGAGUCUGGAUCAGGAGAGUUCAGCAAUGCAGUCAACAUCACUAUACAGAAAGCAGAUAUUAUCCUGGUGAGCCCUGUGCAUCCUGUGAUUGAGGGACAGUCUGUUACUCUUGGCUGCAAACUGAAGAGAGGAGAAUUACUUUCCGUGUCUUUCUAUCAAAAUGACAAACUCAUCCAAAAUGAUACCAGAAGAGAGCUGAAUAUCUCUGCAGUGUCAAAGUCAGACGAAGGUUUCUACAAGUGUAAAUACUCAGGAGAAGAAUCAGCACAGAGUUGGAUGUCAGUUCAGGCAGUGUCCAGGCCUGAAAACUCUUCCUCUCUUGUACCAUUAAUUGUUGGGCUGGUUUGUGUAGUUGUAUUUAUUAUUCUCCUGAUCCUGUUGUAUCUCUACAGACGAUCCAAAGAUUCUCACUCUGUCAGACCAAUCCAGUCUGAGAGCACCAAUCAGGACUCUGCCACACAUCACAUGGUCAACCUGAAUGAAACUCAAGAUCACAUCUACAAUUCUCUUCUCCAUGGUGAUGUUUGUGUCUAUGAAUCAAUCAGAGGCUCCGAAGACCCUGAAAACGAUGAUUAUGUCAACUCUGGAGCACAAAGUCAGAAUUCACAUCUGAGACGGACCAAUCGGCAACGGUGA